AUGCCUGAUGCAAGUAGUAAAAAAAGCCCUGUAGAAACAAGCAUCCUUGAAUACGUUUUAUCCUUUCAUGGGUCAAAUUGCAAGAAUCGAGCUUCGUUUAUAGCUCUUUUGGUUCACUCAGAACUUUUAUCGCGUGGAGCAAGACCCACAGAAGCUACCGCGCGAACUGCAGUACUUAGUUCGUCCUGUCUUGCUGAAGAUCCUAUUCGAAUGUCAUACGCGUUGAUAUCUAGAACAAAGUCCGACACGUUAUCUACACCGUGCAUCCAACUGCAAGUCUCAGUAGCUGAAACAGACGCUCACAUUUUUGUUAAUGUAACAGACACAACUACUGAUAAAUUUGGACAUUUGGAAGUUUCUGGAAUCGAACAUGUUUGUCUUGAUAGCGUCGAUAAUUCGACUUACGGAGAUGCUAAUAUCGUAUUUCCCCAAUUAGACGAACUGCUGGACUCCUUUGAGGAAAAUCUAUGGAAACCUGUCCUCCCACCACCUCUUUCCUGCCGUCCAUCUGAAACUGAUAAGAAUGAACUUCGACCAAGCAAUGAUGAUUUCCAUAACCAACCACAAAUACCCUUUCGGGGCAAUUUCACCAGAACAGAGCCGUCAGCUGGGACACUACCGCCAGAUUAUGGACGAAGUGACCUUGAUCCUCUAGCAAGUAUUGGAGGGCCAUCAAGAGGUGGUGGAAUGAUUUUAGAUCCAAGGCGCAUCAUACCUGGUAGUCGAGUUGAUAGUGACUCUUUUCUCGGUGGUCCCGAUGUUCUUCCCCCUGGGGCAGUCCCUCCGGGGGCUCGAUUCGAUCCUUUUGGACCCGGUAUAGGACCUGUUAGACCACAUCCUUCAGGUGGUCGUCGCCAUAUUCCAGAUCCUGAUCAUGCCAUGCCUCCUGGAUUCGAUAACUUCUAUAUGUAG